CCGCUGCGCCUGCGCAGGACGUCAACGUCGCCCCUCCUGCCUCCUGAUCUUCUCCGGCGCGUAUCUGAAUGGGCUUCAGGGAAGACGUCCGCCAACAGGACCUGCGGUUACUCGGUUCCGUGAGCGGGGUUACUGUUGUUACACCAAUAGUUUAUGGCAAUGUUGCUCGAUACUUUGGACAGAAAAGAGAGGAAGAUGGACACACCCGUCAGCGGACAGUAUAUAUAAAACCGUAUAGAAAUGAGGAACAAAAUGAAAGAUCUUCAGCAAGUUAUAGUGUCCUCCUUUCAUCUGUGGAAAGAGACCAUGGAAAACCUCAAUAUCAUCAUUCAGAACAAUGCCAGGGGUCGACUGUGGAACAGACCAUCAAUUGCUCAUAUGCAAGUUUAAAUUGAAGCUGAAGACAAUUAAAACAAAUGCAUGAGAACCAAAAUAUGACCUUAAAUAUAUUCCACCUGAAUCUGGAGACCAUCUAAAGAAUGGAUUUGAUGCAAAAAAAAGAAAAAAAAAAAGUAUAGAUUCGAUGCAUUGAAAACUAACCAAAUACCAGAUGAGUUGUGGGAUGACAUCAAGGACAUCAUAUAUGAAGAAAGCAAGGGGUCAUUAAAAAGUCAAGACAAAAAAAGAACAAAAUGGAUGUCAGAGGAGACUCUGAAACUUGCUCUUGAAUGUAGAGUAGUUUUGGAAACAAUGCAACUUCUUAAUUCUUCCUAAGCCUAGUGUUUAAACAAUAUAACUUCUUUCAUCAUUUCCCUUUAGGUAAUGCUUAGGUCAUCAGGAUCUGUAUCUUCAAACAAAAACAGAAUACUUUUCAAGGUCAGUGAAUAAACAGUUCCUGCUUUCCACAUAGUUCAAAGGGUGGAGCCACCAAACCACUAGGAGAAGGAAGAAGUUACAAGAUGUUAAAUACUGGGACCAGCUCAUCCUGCUCAGCGGAGCCCUCUGAAUUCCCAGUCAACAUGAAGGCUCUCCUUGUUCUGGGGCUUCUCUUCCUUUCUGACACUGAGCAGGGCAAGGUCUUUGAAAGGUGUGGGUUGGCCAGAACUCUGAAAUGACAUGGAAUGGAUGGCUACAGCGGAAUCAGCCUGCCAAAAUGUAAGCCUGCUGUCCUUCCCACAGAGAUCCCCUGGGGGAAAAAAAAAAUUUUUUUUUUUUGGAUGAUAAUAAUAAGGGGCUCAAGAGAUAGAAAAGACCAUGUAAACCAGAGACUACAUCAUCCCGAGACCAGAAGAACUAGAUGGCACCUGGCUACAACCGAUGACUGCCUUGACAGGGAACACACCAGAAAACUCCUAAGGGAGCAGGAGAGCAGUUGGAUGUAGACUCCAAAUUCUCGUAAAAAGACCAGACUUAAUGGUCUGCCUGGGACUAGAAGGACCCCAGUGGUCAUGGCCCCCAGACCUUUUGUUGGCCCCAGGACAGGAACCAUUCCCAAAGCCAACACUUCAGACAGGGAUUAGACUAGACAGUGGGAUGGAGAGGGAUGCUGGUGAGGCGUGAGCUUCUUGGAUCAGGUGGACACUUGAAACUAUGUUGGCAUCUCCUGUCUGGAGUAGAGAUAAGAGGGUAGAUUGGGUUAGAAUCUGGCGAAAUGGACAGGAAAAGGAGGGAGGGAUCAGGCUACCGAGAACUAAAAGUUGUCUUUAGAUUUAUGUUGAAGAUUGUAUUACCUCAAUUCUUGAAGAAACAAUCUACCUUAACUAAUUCAGACUGUUACUCUCUGCCUCGUCCAUUUAUUUUAGGGUUUUUUUUUUUUUUUAAGAGUUUCUAAGAUUCUCCACACUGUCUGUGCUUGUAAUAUCUUGAAAUUAUUUUUAGAACAAGAAAACAUGUAAUGCACUUUGUAGUUGCUGAUGUGGAAGGCACAUAACUCAGUGUUUGUCUUCUGCAUUCUCAUGCUUUAGUGGGGCCUUGGGGAGGAGUGGAGUGCUUUGAAUAUCUCCAUUCAUUAAAUAAUACCUGACUCUGUCUGUAGUGUAUACUUUAUUUAUUGGUAAAAUACUUUGUUUCCCCAAAAGAUUUGAAGUAUGAUUUGAAGUAUGUAUAUACAAUGAAGACACUUUAACCUUUUUACGGUUUGUUUGACCUUUCUGUACAGGGUGGCAUGGAGAAACCAUUGUCAGAACCACGAUCUCAGUACAUUCGAGGCUGUGGGGUUUAACUGUGGAGUUUUUCUUCUUCAGCUCUCUUUUCCUCUUUCUCAUAUUAAGGGAGUAGUAAAAUUAAGGGAGUACUAAAGAAGGACACACUACUUUUCUUUCUCCUUCAAACAAGAAACUUUUUUUACAGACACAGGAGCAAAAUAUCGCCGUUCUCCUAAGGCGUAGUGACUAAUAACGUGUGUACUCUUUGAUAUUACACCUACAACAUUUUUCAGUUUGCGUUAAAGAACUGAUACUGGUAGGAAUGAAUCUAAAGUCUUGGUUAACAGAUACAUCUCCAGUAUAUUCAGUUAGUAAUCAAAGAAAUAACCCAGACUUAAAUUGAGUAAUACAGUUAGUCCAAAAUAUUAGAUAAAAAUCUAAUAAAAGACUAUCUCAGAAUAAACUGAUCUGAAGCAGAAUCCCAACUGUGUUGACAUACAAUGCCUCCAACUGUUCAGUCAUCUCCAAAUGAGACGGCCACUCUUUGUUGGGCAAUAUCAACUUUAAAAAGGUACAGAAUGCCAAAUGGCUUAAGUGGAGAUUGCCUGAAUUAAUACUUUUCUUUUCAUGAAGUGUGUGACCUUUCGUUGAAAUUUUUUCUUAGAAAUAUUGCUUUUAUGUAGCUUUACAAAUAGGCUCACAAUUUCAAUCCAUUUUAGUCCUUUAAAAAACCAUCCCAUCUUGAGCUGUAACUUUCACUUAAGAAUAAAAAAAAAAUUCAUAGAAAACUGUCACAUGCAUCUUGCCGAUCAUGAAGGAGACAUAAGGAAAGAUUAGAUAAGCUGUUGCUAUUCUUUAAUUUUAUAAAUGUAGAUUCAUACAUCAAAACUAAAUCCAGAUCUCUAAAAUCUACAUGAUACUGGAAAACUCAACUGCAAAUAGACAACCCAAUUAAAAAAUGGGCAAAAGAUAUGAAUAGACACUUCACUAAAGAAGACAUUCAGGUAGCUAACAGAUAUAUGAGGAAACGUUCACGAUCAUUAGCCAAUAGAGAAAUGCAGAUCAAAACUACAAUGAGAUUUCAUCUCACUCCAACAAGGCUGGCAUUAAUCCAAAAAACACAAAGUAAUAAAUGUUGGAGAGGCUGUGGAGAGAUUGGAACACUUCUACACUGCUGAUGGGAAUGUCAAAUGGUACAACCACUUUGGAAAUCGAUUUGGCGCUUCCUUAAAAAGUUAGAAACAGAAGUACCAUACGAUCCAGCAAUCCCACUCCUUGGAAUAUAUUCUAGAGAAAUAAGAGCCUUUACACAAGCAGAUAUAUGCACACCCAUGUUUACUGCAGCACUGUUUACGAUAGCAAAAACAUGGAAGCAACCAAGGUGCCCAUGAACAGAUGAAUGGAUAAAUAAAUUAUGGUAUAUACACACAAUGGAAUACUAUGCAUCAAUAAGGAACAGUGAGGAAUCUGUGAAACAUUUCAUAACAUGGAGGAACCUGGAAGGCAUUAUGCUGAGUGAAAUUAGUUGCAAAAGGACAAAUAUUGUAUACGACCACUAUUAUAAGAACUUGAGAAAUAGUUUAAACUGAGAAGAAAACAUUCUU